AUGGACAAGCUCGUUGUUCACAUCACUAAGAACUUCAUGUCCCUGCCCAACAUCAAGGUUCCUCGCAUCCGUGGUAUCUGGGGAGGCAAAGGUCAAGGAAAAUCUUUCCAAUGCGAACUUGUUUUUGCUAAGAUGGGAAUGAACCCAAUCAUGAUGAGUGUUGGAGAGGUGGAAAGUGGAAAUGCAGGAGAGCCAACAAAAUUGAUCAGACAUUACAGCAGCAAAGCAAUAUCAAAAUAA